AUGAAGACUAUUAUUAAUGAGGUUACUACUACCGCUAUGAGGCCGCUUAAGGAUGCACCACGCCAUCAACUUACACGAAACCUUUUGUAUACUUUAAAUCUAAUUAAUGCGAAUUACUAUCGAAAACAUAAUCCCAAGCCUCCAGACGCUUUGAAUAAUAAGAAGAAAAAGCUACCUGUUAAUUACAUUUUCUCGGAGAAUGGAGAGGAAACAUUCAAGAAUGGCCGUUACCUUGUCCGUGGUCGAAAACUUGGCGCGGGUUCGUACGGACAAGUGGUAGAAGCCCAUGAUCUUGUGACCCAGGAGAUUGUAGCGAUCAAGAUUGUACAGAAGAAACAACAAUAUACAGAACAGGCUCAGACGGAAAUUAGCAUUUUACAGCUCUUGCACCUUCCGAAACAAUAUGAAGCCACGAAUUAUAUUGUCAAGUUGAUGGAUGCAUUUAUGCAUAAGGGACACCAGUGUCUCGUGUUUGAACGACUUGGACCAAAUCUCUUUGAUGUUCUGCGCGGAUCCAACUUUAAUGGCAUUAGCCUUAAGUUACUGAAAAAAGCUAACGCAGCAGAUUUUAAAGGCGCUGGACCGGAGAACAUUUUGCUAGUGUCGCACGACCAUAGCUCUCUCAAGCUCAUUGAUUUUGGCAGCUCUUGCCUUUCACGGAAUCAGAUUCACCGUUACACGCAAAGUCGUUUCUAUCGAGCCCCUGAAGUUUUGCUCGGAAUGCGAUAUACUGCUGCUAUUGACAUGUGGAGUCUUGGCUGUAUUUUGGUGGAGAUGCAUACGGGCAAACCGCUAUUUUGUGGUUAUGACUCGCCAGACCAGCUGCACCGAAUUAUCAACGUUCUUGGCAUGCCCCCGCGCGAGCUUAUUACCCAGGCAAACCCCAGCUACCGACAAGGCUAUUUCGAUGAAGUUGUGAUGACUGAAGGCGAUAAUAAAUGGACUGACUACCGCUUGAAGGUGCGCAAGGUCGUGCCACCAAAAGGAGUUGAUGUGAUUUCUGACAGCUCCAAGACUCUAGCGGAAAUUUUGGCAUCUGCCGAAAAGUAUGGCACGUUGAAUCAUAGCCCAGAGCAAUAUCCUGCGUUUCACGACCUCAUAAUGCGCAUGUUAGACUAUAACCCGGAAACACGGAUAACUCCGACGGAAGCAAUGCAGCACCCGUUUUUGAAGGGCAACAUGCGGCAGAUGCAACGAGCUGAGGCGAUGGAGGCGCCUGUGGCACAGGGAAAUUAUAAGUGCAUGCGUGCAUCCACGAUGCACGAUGUCCACAGUCGCAACGCCGAAACUCGAGAGUCACCGCUAAACAGGUCGAAGCAGCGCCGUUUCUUUUGA